CCGCGGCAGCUGAUCUCGAGCCGUCCAGCUGCCGUCUCCACCCCCUCUAAAAUCCUGUAGUUCAUUCGCAGUUGGUUUCGGAUUCGCUUCCAAUGAUCGAGGUGAAAAUAACCAGAGGGCGUUCUUGCGUCCCGUGUCAACACCGGAAGAUCCAGUGCAAUGGUCAAAUGCCAUGCGCUUAUUGCAGCCGGACUAGCACAGACUGCGUUCGGCCACUCCCGCGAGCUGCCCAGACAGCGAAUUCCCGCAACGGCUGUGUAGUCCAAAAUCGGCCCGCGGCACCGGAAACGGCGCCCGCUCCUAGCAGUGGGAGGUUCGUUCUGAGCGGCGACCAGCGCCGCUACGUAAAAGAGUGAGCAAGCAACGAAACAAUGAGGUUGAAAGGACGAUACGAGAGACUGAUAUUGAUGUCUUCGUCAGAAACAAGUUAUGGGCGAGUCUUGGCAACGAGAAAGAACGAAA